AUGGACGUGGUCGUGGUCAUGGACGUGGUCAUGGCCACGUACCACAAACUCGCAGGAGCGCUUCGUCGCGACAACCGACGGGAAUCCCUGAAAAGCACCGACUUGAACAUUUUCAAGACAAUGGCUGGCCAGUGGGACUGGGCACGACGUCCCUGUCUGUCUGACCUGACGGGAUGGGGCCAGGCGGCAUGGGGCAGGCGGCAUGGGGCAGGCGGCAUGGGGCCAGCCACGCUGGACCGCCGGCAACCACCACCAGUGAGUUGCGUCCCAGCCCCUGCCGAAACCAGUUGGUGCCACUUGCAGUAA